AUGACCACGACAGCGCCCGUCCUUCACCGCGGCGCGCGGGCUAUUACUCCCCAUGAGUUUGUUGAAGCUCUGCGGGCGACAUGUCCCCCGCGAUUUGCCCAUGCGCGAUCGCGCACGCACCGGCCCAUUGCCCUUGCCGUGAGCGGCGGAGUGGACUCCAUGGCCCUGGCCUUCCUCUGCUCUAAAAUCCGAUCCGUGGACCAUUGGGCUCUCGUGGCCGAUCAUCCCGUGAGCACCCCCGUCGGCAUCACUGUCAAUCACUGCUUGCGGGAAGGCAGCACCGAGGAAGCCGACAAAGUGACCUCGGCCGUGAGGCAGCUCGGCCUCAGGUCUGCGGUGUACAAAAUCCGUUGGGAGGAGGUGCUCCCGCGGGGCACAAACCCCAAUGAUCUACCGAAUAUCGAGACGUUGGCUCGAUACCAUCGUUACCGUCGGCUGGGCGUGUUCUGCAGCGAGGGAAACAUUGCCGCGCUGCUUACGGCACACCAUGAGGAUGACCAGUACGAAACGGUUCUGAUGAGGCUGCUUUCCGGUCAUGGGUAUCGAGGGCUGCAGGGGAUGCGCCCAGCGACGGAUAUACCGGAAUGUUACGACUUGCAUCGGGUGUACCAGAGUGGAUUUGCGGAUCAGGAGCGAAAAGGAGGCGGUCUUUAUGCUGCCGCCCCAAAUAACGCAGAGCGACGGAUUCUGAAGAGAGAACUCCGUCACCAGGCUGAUCCUGCCGUCAUUGCGCGUGAGAUCGAAGAGGGCGUUAAGACGGAAGUCGCUACGGCUUACUUGGAGGAAUUUAGCGGCGUGGGCAAACGGGCGAAACGUAUUCCCAGCAUUGUGCCGUUGGACACCGAGGAUGGGGGUGUUAUGGUAUACCGGCCGCUUCUCCAGUUCAGUAAGGACAGACUCGUCGCGACAUGUGUUGAGAACAACGUGCCUUGGUUCGAGGACCACACAAAUACGGACCAAACAUUGACCUUGCGCAACGCUGUCCGCCACAUGCACAGGAACUACAAACUACCCGAGGCCUUGCAGAAACCGGCCAUUCUCCGUCUUGCCGCGCGAUGCCGUACGCGAGUUCUGACGGCCGAAGACGAGGCCGAACGGCUAUUUGAGAACCUUUUCAUCCACGAGUUCUCGGCCAACGCCGGCACCGUCUCCGUCACUCUCCCCCAGUUCAUCUUCCCCACGGUCCCACGUCGAUCAUCUACAUCGGCAACAGCCAGAGAGCGCCGCGUUGCCCACUACCGCCAUAUUGCAGCCAUCUUUCUCCGCCGUCUCAUCACCAUGGUCACGCCAGAGCGCGAGCUCAGCCAACCCGCGCAGCUCUCGCAUCUCGUCUCCAUGCUUUUCCCGAACCUUUGCCUGGGAUCGCCAGCACCGCCCCCGAAACCCUACGUUAUCUGCUCCGUCCUGUUUACACCCCUUCCUAACCCGACAUCCACCUCUUUCCCACCUUUUACACAUUCAUCUGCACAACGCUGGUUUCUCGCCCGUGCUCCACACCCGUCAAACAUCCCGCGGCCAACCACCACCUUCAACGAGUUGCCCUUUGCUCGGCGUGUCGCGCGUGACCCGGUCCACUGGAAGGUUAAGGUCUGGACUGAGUUCCGCCAGUAUGAUGGCCGUUUCUGGAUUAGCUUACUGCAUCGGUUGCCGUGUCGUGUGCAGGUCAUGCCCCUGGAGCCGGAACACUUGAAGCCGUUUCGGGAGGCGCUCACCGAGGGCCACAGAAAGGAUGCUGAGCAAGGAAAAGGGAAAGAAGGGACGUUGAUGGCUCUGUUAGGACGGCACGCACCAGGCAAGACCCGGUUUACGUUGCCGGCUAUUUAUGCUACGAUUGAUGUCUCACGGCUGUUACGUGGUGAGGGGUGGUGGGAUGAUUCCUGGGACUCUACGACUAUAACAACAACUACUACUGCUCCCAACAUAAACAUUACCGACACGACACCCAACACGACACCCAAUACGACGCCCGAGACCACACCCAACACCUGGAUCACCCCCACCCCACCCAACUCCACCGACAACAAACUCGAAACCCAAUUCCUCGCCCAAUACCGCAGCCGCACCAUGUCAGCAAAGCACGCCCAGCGACUCGCCUGGGAGCGACACAUCAAGGCCCUCGCGAAGGAAGACGGGCGACUGUACCUGCUAGCACUGCCGACACUUGGUAUCGGUCUGCCGGGUCUGGACGAGUGGUUGCGUUGGCAGAUUCGGUAUCGGAAGGUGGAUGGGGAGUUGUUGAGUGUGAGUCGGAUGGGGUGGCGGAGGAUGGGGAGGAGGGGGUGGAGGGGGGUUGUUUUGGGGAAGAGGGGGUUAAGUAGACGAGCGGGGAGGUUGGGAAAGGGUUCAAUAAGAAGAGGGAGAUGA